AUGACAGGAGCUGAACAUCAAGGGACGAUGACAGCUGAAGGUGAAGGUAACAAAAAUCCGUUGUGUCUGCCUCCGAGUACUGUCUUUGUGCGCAUCGGAGAGGAAGACUUGGCUGAAAUGAGAUCUAGUGGCAUCUACGAUCACGACGAAGCGGGAAUGGUCGCCUGGUUGAGCGCGAAAUAUCCACAUGGAGCUCAAGUAGAGCGGCCAGUAGGGCCUGUAGAAGGAGUAGAAGAACAUGCAUAUUCAAACACCAAGGACAAUAAACCCGGCGAUGAGGAGCCUCCACUUAGUGGUAGUAGCUUUUCCUCGUGCGUUGUGGCGAGCAACGAUAAAGGAGAGGCGGCUAAUAUUGCGACGACUGAACAACAACAAAGUGGUCUAGAAAUCGAUGCAGGUGCUACGACGGCCACAAAUCUUCAACCUAGUACAUUGCAUAACAAUUCGCAAGCUGAAAUGGCUACCAGUAAGAAUACUGCAAGCAGUGUCGAAGAUGAGGAUUAUUUUGAGUACUUUGCAAAUGCAACAGAUGAAAUAGCAGACGUAGAAGUAGUAGGUGGUGCUGCAGAAGAAGAAGUACUAGAAGAUCAGGUGGUCCUCGUUGACAGAAGUGGCGCUCUAGAAAAUAGUUGCCAAGUACAAGACCCCUACAUGAUAGGGUGGACGCUAGGCGCAGAACAAGAACAGUGUCUCACAAUUUCUUAUCAACAGGGACACCAAGAACAAGAAGCGCUACAAGGUGCACAGCAGCAAGAAGUAGAACAACAAGAAUACCAAGAUGAAUAUCUUCAAGCUUCAUCAGUACAGCCUCUUUGUGCGAAUGCGAAUACAACCUCUACUAAAGUAGAUACUACUACAGUAGACGAAGACGAGAACGAGCGUGAUCAUGAUCAGAUUCGCGAUAUCGUUGAAGGAGCUCUCGCCCUUGCGCGACAGGUGCAAGCAAAGAUAGCCCCGGAGCCAAAACACAAAAAUUAUGGCCAGCUUUUAUUGUAUAUGUGAGUCCCAAGGAAUACUUACAAGGGAAAACGUAGGAGCAUGCUAUAGCAGGUCUAUCCUUUUUAUUUGCUGUCAUACAGUAUGUUGAGGUGUGCUGCAAAUCUAGAUUGGCUUCUUCCCUUUAUAUAGGGUCGAGGUUUAGGUCCAGCGGCGCUCAAAGCUCUAAAUAAAACAACCGGUUCGUUUUUACCUCUAGCGUGUAGCCCUUCCAACAAAAUAUUUGCUGUCAUACAGUAGCUGACAACUCUAAAACACGAAAAGCAGCUAUCACAAACCGCAUCUAUAUCAACAUCAGACUCAACAAGCGGGGCUUGACUAUAAGAGCAGUGGAGGAAGUGCGUCCAAAGGAUAUGUUAAGGCUAGUUUUUCAUUAUAUUCCACAACUAGGGCAUCUUGCUCUAAGACUACAUCCCAUGUGAACUAUGUUGAGUCGUGGAGUCUCAUCGCUACUGGAGUCUCAUCGCUAAGGGAAAAAGAACUAAAGGGGAAAAUAAAGGGAAACAACACACUAAGCCAGGGCUCGAUACCGAAAAACCCGUGUUAAAUAUAGUUCUAACUACCAGAACACGGGACGAGGGGGCAACACUGGAGGAGGCGCGUCGAAGGGAUCUGGAGCAACGUGGAGUCAAUCGCAAUAUGAGUCCUGGAACAUGAAGAGCUUUACGACUACAGAUAAGAAUACAAAUACGAUGAAAUGAGAAUACCUAUAACGGCCUGUAGUACAACAUCACACUGACUUAUUGGCAUUUGUACAGCGGAAGUACUACAUCGAGCAGGAGACAACCAAGAGCAGGAGAUUGAUUGUGAUUCACUAGAAGUCACUCUAGAAGUACUUCUUACAACCCAAGGUCUGCUUCUCUGUGUAAGCUUUUUGUCUAAUUCAGCAGGCUACAACCGAUCAAACACGUACGACGGCAACGGCGCCCAGUAUUACAAUCCCCUAAGCCAGCUUUCCUCUGUUGGAGGGGCGUCUUCGACCAUGAGUCAUCACUUUAAGGCAGUUGGCAUACUCAGCUGACAUACUCAGCUGACCUACUCCUGUUGAGAUAGUCAUACAUUCAACUGCAAAAUAAGAAGUAUAAUUGAUAGAUUGAUGAAUUCUAAGGCCAAUGAGAUUGAUAGAUUGAUCAUCUGCGAAUAAGUGAAUGCAAGCUUUUACAAGUAUGUGAUGAAAUAGAGACAACCCCUUCUAAGCGCCACAGAUCGGCCAGUACGACUCAACAUUAUGGUGGCGGAUACCAGGCGAGCCAGAACCUGCAGACAUGGAAUCAGACCUGGUAUCCGCAUCAGAACCGACAACAAAAUUACUGGUAA